UGGAUGCAGAAAUAACAAAUGUUUAUAGAAAAUAAUAUAUAAUUUUGAUCUUCAAAAUUUUUACAACUUAAUAACAACUGUUUCAUAUGUAUAUGUGGAUGAUUUAGAAUCUGGAUAUAAUGAGUCAAUUCAUUACAAUACAAGUUGGCCAAUGUGGGAAUCAGAUAGGAUCAGCUUUCUGGCCUUUGGCUUUACAUGAAUACGGCAUCCAGACUACUGGUAAUGUUAAUAUGCUCAAAGUUCAACGAACUCAUGUUAAACACAUCAAGGAUAUGUCUGAAGGAUUCUCCAGUUUUUUUCAUGUCCCAGAUAAUGCUGACAGUAUGCAUUUUCAAAAUAUAGCUGACUUAAAUGCAGCUAAAGUUAAAGCCAGGAGUGUUCUAAUAGACAUGGAGGAUAGUGUUGUAUGUAGGUUUAAACAAGGUCCAUUGCGUCGAUUGUUUGAUCAAACUUGUUUUGUAACAAAUUAUCCAGGAUCUGGGAAUAAUUGGGCAAUAGGAUACCAUAUUCACUGUAGGGAGUAUCGCAAUCAUUUGAAGGAAAGUAUAAGACACAUGGUUGAAAAAUGUGAUCGACUUGAUGGGUUUUUGUUGAUGCAUUCCUUAGGAGGUGGUACUGGGUCUGGAUUAGGUACAGCAACUUUAAAACUGUUAGAGGAUAAUUAUCCUCAUGUGGAAAGGCUCGUGACUUGCGUGUAUCCAGCAAAUAUGCAAGAUGUUAUAACAGCACCUUACAACACUAUACUUGCGACCCGAGAGCUUGUGGAACACGCCACUUGUGUCUUUCCUAUAGAGAACAAAGCACUCUUGGAUAUAUGUAGUGCGCAAACAAACAAACGAGAGAAUACUAGUGAAAUAACUUACAAUGCAUCGUGCAAACCGUUUCAAGAUAUGAACAGCAUUAUCGUCAAUAUGCUUUUACACUUGACCAGUGGAUCCAGAUUUCCGGGAAGUUUAAACAUGGAUAUGAACGAAGUGGCCACAAAUUUGGUGCCGUAUCCAAAGUUGCAUUAUAUAUUCAGCAGUAUUAGCCCUGUAACUUUAGCUGCUCCAAAUGUGUGCAACAUGCAAGAGACAAAAUUGCAGGAUGAACUGUUCACCAAUGCAUGGUCGCGAAGUAAUCAACUGAUCAAAUUGGACCCUCUACAACGCACCUCCGUGAUUCUUGCUGCUGCACAUAUUGCAAGGGGAAAUAUCACUUUGACCGAUAUGAAGCGGAAUGUUGAAAGAUUUCAAAAUAAGGUACAAUUUACUUCCUGGAGUAAGGACUGCAUGAAAAUAGGAUUAUGUUCUAUUCCUCCAGCAGGACAUACUUCAUCACUACUGUGUCUGCUCAAUUCGUCCAGUAUAUCUUUAUUAUUCGAAGAUAUAGUACAAGAAUUUUCGAAACUGUAUAGGAAAAAGGUACUAACAAUAUAUUGCUUUAGUGAACAAGCAAAAUGGUGUUUUUGUCUCUGAGGCAUACGUUCACCACUAUACGCAGGUACAUGGAUUUGACGAGACACAUUUCGACGAGAGCAAAGAAUGCAUGCUCGAUUUAUGUGAACGUUACAUGGAAGUACGACGUAUAGGAGAAACAGAUAUCUCUAGAUUGCAAGUGAUUUAAUAAUCUUGUAAGAAAUCGGAAGUGGAG